AUCUGUAAAAAAAAUCAAACAGCUCGUUUGAUGAGAUAGCCGCCUAUCAUGCGAUCAACAACCAAGUCUUGCGUAACAAUAUAUGUUAAUAUAUUUUCAGGCUAUAUAAGCACUGCAUCCUGAGACCAAAUCAUUAAGAGUUGUCCUUCAAACGAAACUCUUUAUCUCGCGUUUUUGAAGAUGGUUCCAAUUACUUUCUUCCUGAUGCUAGGUGCCUUCUCAACGACCAGUGCGUCAGAUCCUAUUAGUCCAUCAGUCUACCAAGGCCUCGUUGGACAGGGAUUUUCUACCAACUGGUUCAAGACAGAAUCACCGUUGUCCAAGUACAAUGACCAGAACAUCCAAGACAUCUAUGAUAAAGGAUUUCGAAACCUCAGGCUUCGAUGCCGGGCAGACCUGUACGCCGCCCCAUACGACGCUUCUAACUUCACUUCGUUUCUGAAAGAUUUGUCGAGAGUAGUCGAUAAAUGUCUCGAGGUUGGCGUGGCUCCGAUCAUCUCCUGGAUCCACCAUCACGCUGAGGCGUAUGCAAGUGAAGAAGAUCGACAGAACUACGUAACAUGGUGGACAAAGGUGGCCAAAAAGCUGAAACACAAGGACUACAGACUCAGCUUUAAUUUGUUUACCGAGCUGGGAAUAGAUGAAUGUGGUACAAAGGAAAAUUGUGGUGAAAGUCUUCGCAUGAGGGCUGACAAAUACAACCAAUGGACAUCCGAUGUUGUAGCAGCUAUUCGUGCCACGGGUGGAAACAACGCGAAGCGUAUCUUGAUUCUUGGAUCACCAGGAAAGACAGCCAAAGAUCUUGACAAGAUCAAACAAACUAUUUACGAGAAGGAUUCAAACAUGAUGGCCGAGUGGCAUUUAUACGCCUCAGGACCUAACAAGAGAGUUGGCAGGCCAAAAUACUGGAGUGGAGAUGGUGAACCCGUUGGCAAAGAAAACGUCGCCAAAGCCAUCAAACCAGCAAUGGACUUCACCACCAACACUGGUGUCCUGACGUACCUUGGAGCAUGGAUGCCACAAGACAAUGAGUCUACAAAAGGUAUAAAAAUAUACGGAUUUUCUGCCUGUGGGUUGAUUUGGAAUUCAUUAUGGAAAUUAAAUUCUAAUGUAAAAGGGGAAAUUCUGCAAGUGAAAAUAAAAAGUAACCUCAAUAAAAGAGGUGGCUGCAAUGUA